GCUUGGGUCAGGUUUUGAACUUGGUUACCGGCUUCAGUUUUCGCUUUGUCUUGCAUGGGGGCAAGGAUCCUCCACCCUGAGGUAACAGACACUGGGCGCCCUUCGCUUUCCCGCGGAGGAUGAGACUUCCUAGAAGAGUAGGGGACGCGGCGGAGCUGCGCAAGAGCCUGAAGCCGCUGCUGGAGAAGCGCCGGCGCGCGCGGAUCAACCAGAGCCUGAGCCAGCUGAAGGGUCUAGUAUUGCCGCUGCUGGGCGCGGAGACCUCCCGCUCUUCGAAGUUGGAGAAGGCGGACAUCCUGGAAAUGACUGUGCGCUUCCUACAGGAGCAGCCUGCAUCUCUAUCCCCGACUGCAGCGCCUGGGCCUUUGGAUAGCUACCUCGAGGGUUACCGAGCCUGUCUGGCGCGCCUGGCCUGCGUGCUGCCCGCCUGCAGCGUCCUAGAGCCGGCCGUGAGUGCGCGCCUGCUAGAGCACCUGAGGCAGAGGACUGUCAGUGGUGGCCCGCCCUCACUGACGCCACCACCCGCUCCAGCUCCAGCUUCCUCUCCGCCCGUGCCUCCUCCGGGUAGUCCUGGCCUUUGGAGGCCGUGGUAGGCUCUUGGAUGUUCCACAGGCUCCUGCUGCGGGCUGUCUGGGACCUGGGUG